CCUUGUCGGUGGCUGACCUGGUCUGUCUCCUGAUCCUCCUCUGGAACAACAUCCUCCUCAACCCAUUGAUCUACACCUUACCCUUCUUCCCAUUAGAUCAGUUUGAAAUCGUUGUCAUCACCGCCGUCUGGCCACAUGUUGUAUUUGCUCGCAUCAGUGCUUGCAUCACUGCUUUCAUCUCCACUGAACGAUGUCUGUGUGUUGCGUUUCCUCUUAAG